AUGAACUCUCAUCUGCGCGAAUCGCCAAGGGGCGAAGAGCCCCAAACAUUCAGAAUUAACAUGUCGCUUCCGCCUGAAGAGCGCUAUGUAGCACUUGCACAACUUUACAAAGACAAAAUGCGAGCAAUGAAGGGCAUAUUCGAUAGUUUGAUCCACGACCUUGAUGACAGAAUCCCUACAAAGCCAGUGCACUGGCUCGCCUGGCUUCUUUUACGAAGACUCUACACGGACGAAGAAACUGCGGAAAUCCGAGGCAUCAGUCGUGUGACCGGGAUCGAACUUUACUUUCUUAUUUGCCUGAACGUUGUCCUUGAUCUGUUGAUGGGGUGUACCAGUGGAGGUGUGCGAAUGAUGGAUGGAUCUCGGACCAGAAUGGUGCAUUUCAGGACGCUGGAUUGGUCUAUGGAUCCACUGCGUGAUCUGAUCGUGCAGCUGGAAUUUGUGCGCGAUGAAGAGCCUGGUAAGGUUAUCGCUACUUGCAUCACCUAUGUUGGGUUUGUGGGUAUUCUUACGGGUGUGAGGGAAGAUCUCAGCGUUUCGCUCAACUUUAGAGCCGUGCAUGAUUCGAGGUGGAACUUUGGUUUCUAUUUGAACUAUCUGCUUGUGCUACUUGGACUGCGGCAAUCCAUCACAUCCUUUCUGCGGCAGCUUCUCAUUCCUACUGCUACUAUUGUCAGGGAUGGACUUUCUAAUACUUCGACUAUUGACGAAAUCAUCGCUAAAGUUCCCGCUAUACGCUCCACGGCUGCCUACCUCAUUUUCUGUGAUGGGUCAAAAACAGUGGCUAUGGAAAAGGACUAUCGAACAGCAGUGAUUCGCUCCUCAAAUUCGUUUAUCAUCACGACAAACCAUGAUCAAGACCCCAGCCCUGCUACGACAGAGGCCAUCGCCAAAGAUACUGGAUAUGCAGGGCUACGGUCUGGAAGUGACAUGCAAACCAUGGCAGACCUCAUCGAUGAGAGUAAAGAGCGACAGGCUUCCAUGCAGUCGAAGUGGGAUCGCAGAAUGAAGCAGGGGGCUUCUCAGCGGGGAAUUAGGAAUCGGCGAGUUACAGAGUCAUCUCAGUCCGGAACAAAAGCACUUCAUAUGAAAAAGACGAGCAUAGAAGAAAAUCAGGAACCUGAGGUUUCCAUUACCCUUGGAACAGCGCUUCGGUGGCUUUGGUCAUACCCAAUCGUCAACGAAGAUACACACUACGCUGUGCUUAUGGACCCUGUUAAAGGGAGGUUCAAAUAUGCAGGAAAGUUUCCAGUUCUCUCGGCUGAAGAAGAGGAUUUACUCUGGGAAGUUUGA